AUGCAUUUCCCUACGAACCGCGCUCUCACCCUGCUCCUGGCCGCUUCGGCAAGCGUCUCGUUCGCUGCAGAGGAAAAGCCAUCGACGACACCUAGCCCACCGGCGUGUACAGCUGUUUCCAAGACGAGCGGCGCAUUCUUCGACCUGCGACCCGACAUUGCCGCAAUCCCCGAGGAGGGCAAGACUGCGAAAAGCGGUUCGGCAACGAGCGAUUACCACGCAAGGGGCUAUGAUUAUGGACGAAACUUCACACUCAACAUUUGCGCGCCGGUCGCGGAUCCUGUCGAGGAUGUCGUGGGGCUAGGCAAGGACGAGUGGAAAAACGUCAGCGCCUAUUACACAUACCAAGACGAAGUCUACUCUAUAGGACAAACAUCUCUAGAUCUUCAAAGCCACGGUCGCAUGCUCGUCCUCCAAUAUACAGGCGGAUCGCCAUGCGGGGCGGAUAAACUCAAAGAGAAUAACAAAACGAAGCGGGAAGAUUCGCACGAUUCCUACAAGGGUUUUGAUGGAGAGAAACUCGCCAAAGCGACAGAUUCUGACGACGAAAAGAAGAACAAACCGGUCCGCCGCAAGUCGGCGACUCUAUCCUUCCACUGUGAGCCGGAGCAGCUUGCAGGCCAAAUAGGCGUCUCCUUUGUGAGCACCGAUCCUGAAGAAUGCGCCUACUUCUUCGAGAUCAGAUCGGCUCAUGCCUGCGCUCGCGCAGAGCCGCACCAGCCUGGCAGUGUCGGCCCCGGCAGCGUCUUUGCUAUUAUUUUCGCCAUUGCCGUGCUCGUGUACUUUGGCGGCGGUGUGUUCUACAACCGCACUGUUGAGCACGCCCGCGGUUGGCGUCAGCUGCCCAACUAUACUCUGUGGGCGGGCAUCUGGAACUUCAUAUGCGUACGCUUCCUCCUGCUCGGGCGACUGCUUAAGCGAUUCCUAUGCGUCUUUGUUUCGCGGUCGCCUCGGAAGUGA